UGACGCACAGAUACAUAUAUAUAUUAACAUUCUCAUCAUCAACAUUUCGUUAAGCUCUUUCUUAAUUACAGCAUUUUGGUAUUAUUUUUUCCUGUUUGGUUUUCUUACUGUCAAAGAAGAAAAACAAAAUGAAGGGACGUAUGUUCUGCGCUUCGCAAGCAUCAACAGCCAUAUGUUCAAGCAUGGACCACAUUCAUCACAAACCAACCACCACCACCGUCGAGGAUGAACAAAGCAUAGGACGAGCUAUCGACCGCCACAAUCCGAUCAUUAAAGAUGGCCGGAGAUCCUCCGUCGACGACUACAUCAGAAUACCGGCUUCCCCCGCCGAGGGAGAGAUCAGUGAUAAGAAACUAGAGAUCUAUAAAGGGAGGAGGAGUUUCACUGGCCGGAAAAGCACCGGCGGUGGCGGAGGCGGAGGUGGAGCGGCGGCGUUGUUGAAGCUCAUAACAAACGACAUAAGCUUGGCGAGGAAGAGUUUCAGCUGUGUUGCGAGACCCGCAUGUGACUUUGUCAAAACCCCUCCUGGUUCUACAAGGUAUCUUUUGGGAUCCGACCCGGAUUUUCUUUCCGAGUCUUCGGGUCAGGACCCGGUUAAGACGGCAGCUCCUCCUCAGUCUCAUGCUGCUGGUGAAGAGAUAAAGCCCUCGUCGUUGUUGACGGAGAAGAAGACUAGUGGUGGCUGUUCUGAUGACAAGGAGCAGCAGGUCGUUGUUCUCAAAGUGUCUCUCCACUGCAGAGGCUGUGAAGGAAAAGUUAGGAAACAUCUGGCCAGAAUGCAAGGUGUGACAUCCUUCAACAUUGAUUUUGCUGCAAAGAAAGUGACUGUGACUGGAGAUAUCACCCCAUUAGAAAUAUUGGAUAGCAUCUCAAAGGUUAAAAAUGCCCAAUUUUGGACAACUCCAACAAUCCCAACUCCAAAUAUUGGAACUCAGAAUCCUUAGUUUACUUUUACUGUCUUAUCUUUCUUUGUCUCUUGUUGUAAAAUCAAUGGUAC